CUGGCCGCGGCGGCGACUGGUCAGAGAGCAGCAGCGCGUCGGCCGAGCUGCCCGCGGAAGCCUCCAAGGGCGCCUGGAGGACUUGCAGGGAGAGGGCAGCGCCGCUUGCAGAGCAGGAGACGCGCAUGGUGUGGAGUGGCAGCCGGGAUGGAGCCGGCAGGCUCUAGGUGGCGCACGUGUCCUGCACCACAACCCUGCGAGGUAGGAUCGGCUGAGAGGCAGUGGCUGGCACAAGGUUGGACUAUGUCCUGCUAAUAGCACCAUGGGGGCGUAGGUAGGAUUUAUGUUAGGGGGGCAGGCUUUUUUGCGGGGGUAGAACCUCAUUUAAUUAAGUAUUUUCAUUGAUUUUUUUGGGGGGGGGAGCUCCCUUGGCAGCGCCCGUGCCCCUCACCCCGUGAUGGAGGGGGGAGCACAGGGUGGUUGCCAAGUAUGGGCGAGCGUUGUUAUUGCCUUGAUCUGUUAUAGCAAACCCGCCAGGAGCCUUGGGGCAACCUUGAUGACUAGCGGAUCGCCAAGGCAUUAGCCUGUGUGCGCCAACUCAGAAGCAAGUUCCCCAUAGCUCGCAUGCAAGCGGGCGUGCAGAGGAUCGGGCCCCAUGGUUGCAGCCCUGAUCACGCGGAGUUAAAUGCCGCUGAACUUUGACGGGCUUGCUCCGGAGUGAACGUCCCUUUAGCAUCGUGCUGUUGGAAGAAGUGGGGGCUAGCUGGAGAAAACAAAAACCAUCGCCAAAACCACCGGCCUGUUAGGCUGCUGCGAGACUCAUUCUUUGUUUUAGCCUUGCUAAUGGUCACCUUCGGCUUUUCUCCCUCUCAACUGCAAAUGCACGGUCAGCUAUUAAAGAGUCAAUAUUUUUGCUGGGGCAUGUGAAGGAAGGAACGUGAAACUGGGCCCUCCUUUUGCUGGUGAAAGGGAAUGGAAGGAGACGCGCUCAUGUGUGCUUCUGCAUAGGCUUUAAAAGAUUUGUAUUGAGUUUCCUUUUUUGAUUGACCACCCAAAGGAAAGUUUGGUGGGUACCGAACAGUAGGAAAGAUCAAGUUCCUUCUUUUCCCUCUCCCUCCCCCGACAUCUUUCCUUCUCUCUCUCUCAAAGUGAGGUUGGAUUUGUCCCUGAGGCCACAGCAAUCUGGAGCCACAUGCAAUCUGGGGAAUGUGUGAAUGAAUGUUUUAAUUCACUUGCUCUCAUCAGCAGGAAAGAAAGAGGCUAAUCUUAUCUGGUGAUUUGUUGAGUGAGACAGGCCUGCAGGGAACCCUUCUCUCUCUCCCAUCAGUAUUGGAUUUACUUAGCAGCUUACCCUGUUGGCUUUAAAGGAUGCCUGUGACAGACCAGGCCUUUGUGACCCUUGCUACCAAUGAUGUUUAUUGCCACGGAGCUCUGGUUCUCGGACAGUCCUUGAGGAACCAUAAAACAUCUCGAAGGCUGGCAGUGCUAAUUACAUCUCAAGUCUCCAAUGCAAUGAGGGCUGCUCUCAACACCGUAUUUGACACAGUGGUGGAUGUGAAUGAAAUUGACAGCAAUGACUCUGUGCACUUGGCUUUGCUGGAGAGACUGGAACUGGGUGUAACCUUUACCAAACUUCAUUGCUGGACUCUUACUCAAUAUAGCAAAUGUGUCUUCAUGGAUGCAGACACACUGGUACUGUGCAAUAUUGAUGAGCUCUUUGACCGGGAAGAACUCUCAGCAGCUCCAGACUCUGGCUGGCCAGACUGCUUUAACAGUGGCGUGUUUGUUUUCAAACCUUCUUUGAAAACCUACAACCUCCUCCUGCAGUUUGCAGAUGAACAUGGCAGCUUUGAUGGAGGUGAUCAGGGAUUGUUAAACAGUUUCUUCAACACCUGGGCAACAACAGACAUUAACAAACACUUGCCAUUUCUCUAUAAUCUAAGCAGCAGUGUUGUCUACACCUAUGUCCCUGCUUUUCAACAUUUUGGCAAAGAUGCAAAGGUAGUCCACUUCUUGGGACCAUCAAAGCCAUGGAAUUAUAAAUACAAUCCUCAAACAGGAACAGUGACAGGAGACAGUUCAUCCUCAGUAUCUAACAGUCAGCUCUGUUUCCUUAAACUCUGGUGGACAACGUACAGUUCCGAUGUAUUGCCAUUACUGGAAAAAACGCAGGAGUCUUCUGAGCCACAAAUCCAGAGAGAAGAGCCUAACUUGAGUGGAGAUGAAAGUAAAUUGGAAAGAGGAAAUCCUGCCAUUAGCAGUUCUUUGCCAGCAAAUGAGGAACAUGUAUCUGAAACAGUUGCAAAUUCACCUGAUGAGUUAGCUUCCAAAAAUUCUGUACAGAAAUCUGAGGGCAGUCUUGAGGUCCACAUUGCUGAGCCGAGUGAAUCAUCUCCAGAGCCCACUUUUAACCCAACUCCUCAGGAAACUGUGAAAAUGGAUGACGUUACCAGCUCUGCUUCAGAGCUAUGUAUUCAGCCAAAUCCAGAGGUGCUAAGUGCAGAAGAUGAACGAAGAAAAUGGGAGGAAGGCCACAUUGACUAUCUGGGGAAAGAUGCUUUUGAAAACAUUAAAAAGAAGUUAGAUUCCUUUUUAUUAUAG